UUCCUUCACGAACACCUUAGCAACGGUCGCCGCUGAGAUGGAGGGAGACGCCCCCCCGCAGAUUGGCUACACCAGGCUCUCUGCGGCGUAGAUUGGCUGGAGCGUCGCUAGAGGGCCAGGCUUGGCAGUCGCUGCUAGAGAACAGACUAUCCCAGAACCCAGGCGGGACAGUCUGUGGUGACACAGCGGAGCAACGAGAUGAUCCGCCAGAAGUCCAGCCAAUUCCUGGGACUGAGGAUACAAUCGGAACUUCAAGAGGCCUCCGAAUUACGGCGGGAACCCGAAAAGGACCUCAGCUCAGUCAAUGAAUCGACUACGCGGACUGGAACAGGUGUGCGGACUGAGUCCGGGACCGCGGCUUCGGUGGAAGAUGAAGAUCCUGCAGCCAACUUGUUCCCGCCGCCGCUGCCCCAGCCCCGGAUCUGCAUGUGGAAGUACCUGGACAUCCACUCCAUGCACAGGCUGGAAAAGACAGCCACCGUUGAAGAGAUGAGGGAGGUGCUGGCUGAGCUGCUAGGGCUAGGCUGUCCUAAGCAGAGCCUGAGGAAUGCUAUCACUCUGGACCUCUUCUCCCAUGCACUUCUCUUCUGCCGCCAGCAGGGCUUCUCACUGGAACAGACAUCAACAGCUUGUGCCCUGCUCCAAGAUCUUCACAAGGCCUGUGUUGCAACCCCCUUGGGCAACGUGGAGGAAUGUUACCGCUACUUCACCAGUGUUCUUUUUUGCCAUGGAGUCAGGCGGCCCCCCUUCAGUAUUGACCUCUUUAAGGAGGAACAGCUGCUGACCCUGGCAAAUUACGUGGUCAACACCUACUUCCGACACUUCAAGCUCUACAAAUAUGUCUUCACGCCCCAGGUGCAGCUGGAUCUAUCUUUGACUUACAUGGGACUCCAGCCACCCAAGCUCUGGCCAGAAGAUGAGAUGGAGAAAAAAGAAGACGAGGAGGUAGAGGAGCAGGCAGUAACCCCACAGGAAGAGAUACCAGAAACAGUGGUCCAGCCAAAGCAAGAGCCAAGCCAGGUCUCCAACCUCCAAGCCUACAUCAAGACCCAGCUGAAUGAGGAGCUAAGGCAGCUCCAACAGCUGGUGGGAGAAAGGCUCAAGGCCAGCGAGGACAGACUCAGCAGCAAGUUAACCACACUAGAGCGGCCCUUCCAGCCACCUCCCAGCAAAGGCAAGAACAAGACCAAAUGA